GUGACACGGCCAUGGAUGCCGGGCUGUCCGCACACGCUGCGGCGGCCUCCGGGCCGCGGGCUAUCACCGGCUGCGGGCGCAGGCCGCGGCUCCGCCCGUGGGCAGGGCCGGACCGGGCCGGGCGGGGCAGGUGCGGCCCCGGCCCGAGGCCUCGCCCGUCACCGCCGCCUCCGAACACCGAGCACCCCGAGGACCAGCGCCGGCCGCGGCCUGAGGCGCCCCCGCGGGGCGUGCGCCGCGCCUCCAACUCCCAGCGUCCCCCGCGGCGCCCAACAGAGGCGCGGGGCCCGGGAGCGCCGCGGGGGCUGCUGGGAGCGCGAGUCCGCCCGCACGUCCCCUCCACCCCCGCUGCCCGGCCGCGCGGCCUGCGCCCAGCCCCUCGGCCCUCACCUGGAAGCGGCCGGGGAGGAGGAAGAGGAGCCGGAGAGAGAGAGGAAGGAAGGAAGGGCGGGGGGAGGAGGAGGAGCGGGAGGUGGGAGCCGUGUCCUCGGCGCAGCCGGCGGGAUGCAGGCGGCGGGCGGCGGCGGAGGGCCGGGAUGCGGCUGCAAGGGGAUCCGCUCCUGCCUGCUCUGUGAGGGGCCGGCGCCGGCCGCUCCGCCCCCGCAGGGAGAAGAUAAUUUCACUUACUGCCCAGCAACAGGCCUUGCUAAAGGAAAUGAGCACUCAGAAUUUGCUGGCUGGGCAUUUCCCUUUCCAGGGGUGUUCCUGGUGGAGGAGUUCAUUAGUGAAGAUGAAGAGUGUGAGAUAGUGGAACUGAUGGAUCGAGAUGACUGGAAACCGUCACAGUCUGGCCGAAAGAAACAGGACUAUGGACCCAAAGUGAACUUCAAGAAACAAAGGCUGAAAGCUGGCAGCUUUAGUGGCUUGCCAAGUUUCAGCAGGAAGAUUGUGGCACAGAUGAAGGCCUGUGCUGUGCUCAGUGGUUUCUUACCUGUGGAACAGUGUAACCUGGACUACAGACCAGAGAGAGGCUCUGCCAUCGACCCCCACUUUGAUGACUGGUGGCUCUGGGGGGAGCGCUUGGUCAGCCUGAACCUGCUCUCAAAAACUGUGCUCUCCAUGUCCUGUGAUUCAGAGGACACCAUCCAAUUAUUUCCCAUUUCCAGUAAGGAGGAAUUAAAUCCCCCUGCGUCUUUCACGCAGACAUCAGCAUGCAGAAGUCCAGGAGGAGAGGGAACCAAGUGCUUUUUGUCCCCCAGGCUGGUUCCGGGGAAGGAGGUGAGUGUGGCCAUCCUCCUGCCCCAGAGGUCGCUGGUGGUGCUGCACGGGGACGCCCGGUACAAGUGGAAACACGGUAUCCACCGCAGGCACAUCGAGCACCGCCGCGUCUGCAUCACCUUCAGGGAGCUCUCUGCAGAGUUCAGCGCUGGGGGGAGACAGGAGGAACUGGGCAAGGAACUGCUCCAAACUGCUCUUUCCUUUCAAGGGAGACCCGUGUGACCAAGAGGUUGCAUUUUGCUGGGAGAGGUGUAAAAUGAGGUAGGGAAUUUGUAUGGUUCGGUUUAUUUCUGAGGUGGGUGUAAGGAACCAGGUGUGUGCAGAGACAAGCUCAAUAAAAUGAAAAUUUAACAAACAAGUAAAAG